AUGGUCAGACCAAGCACUUCGCAUUCGUUCGGCACUUCUUCGUCGGGUCUCUCGUCGAUGCAACGAUUUUCGGCUCCUCGCUCCGCUGUCGAGCUCAACGUCGACGAAGCUCUUCGCUUUCGGGCAUUGCCAGAAAAAGUCAAGCGAGCUCACUUCAGCCAUGAAGAGCUUGUGCUGCUCACUGCAAGCUCAGAACGCGUGCUCGGCUUGACCACUACCAACUCCAGCCGUUGUGUGUCGGUGGAAAGCAACCGAAUUACUACCUCGUUCAAUGACUCCAUCCGAGGCAUGACAAUGGAAAAGGAUUGGUCCGAUCGAGAGCUCGAACUUCUUGACGAUAUGAGGUACGAGAGCGAUACUGCCAGCACCGACGACGCCUUUCGCCUGGGUGACUGUAACAAACGCAAGGCAUCCAUCACGCCGCCCGUCGAAUCUGCCGCGCCACCUCCUUUGAUCGCUCCCGAACGACAAACACAACCUCGCGAGAAGUCGUACAGUCGGAGGAUGAUCACGUCGAUGCUGGCUCCCUUACCAUUACCGCCGCCGCGACUCAUGCCGAUCAUGCCACCAGUGCCAGCAAUUCGAAUUUCAGACGACCGUCCAACGUCGCUCACACCGUCCGCGCCAAAGCAUUACACCGAUUCCAAUGCUCGGUCCCAACUCCGCGAAUGCAUCAUGUCGCCCGAGAAGUUUGACGAGGCAUUGGAGUUUGGAUUUCCCAUUCAGGCCACGGGCGCCAAACGUUCCAUGUCCUCCUCCUCAAGGCCCGGGCGAAGUGUCGAGAGUGAAGUGGGCGAGCUUUCACUAUCUGACAGCACUGAUGAUAGCGAAAGCCGUAGUGAGGAAGACGAGGGCGAUAGUGACGACUAUCAUGACGGUCCUGCAACGCCUACUGCCGGUUCAGAAAGUUAUCAGUCGACUUUCGUUCGCCACAACACCUCCAUCGACUCAGGUGUUGCUCUGCCCAUCCACCUCACCGAUUCCCACGACAAUAGCUUUCGCGAUGUCACGCCAACAGCUCCAGUCAAUCGAGAAAUGACGCUGAAGCUCUCCCUCACCCGCUCUGACCUCCGCGCGCCAGAGGAAAUGCUGUACUCUCUCUCUCGCAAAGCUGUGUCGGGCGUUGAGCUGGCUGAGGAUCCACUCGCGCUGAACCCUUUACCGGUCUGCGAGGAUCAUACUGGUGCGAAAGGAGCUUUUGCCGUUUCGGACAAGUCGAAAAAGAUGAGCUUGGGAAAGGUCUGGAAGAGCAUGCUGAGGUAUUGA